AUGAGACUUAACAACGUUAGAAUUGGAAAAGUGAAACAUACAUGUACGGAAUUUGCGCGUUUGGAAAAUAUAAGACUUCGUAUGUACAUAAUUUUUAGAUGCUAUCAGACUAUGUUUGGCAAUUAGCGAUUAAAUUGUUAGCUAAUAUUAGUCUCAGUAUGUUAUUCGAUUGCUAAUAAAGCUCAUUGCUCAUCGCAUACGAAACGUCGGGAAAUAAAGACAUUGUUUACUUUCGGAAGUCUUAAUUUUGACAAUUACGAUAGAUUGGAGGCUCUGGAAAAAGCUCUCUAUUGUUGGGAGGAUGCUCUUACAGCGUUCAGUUCUUCACUCAAUAAUGGUACACUCGCAUUACCGUCUAAGGCGGAUGCAGCAUUUACGCACGAUGUACAAGAGCUCCUUGACAUGGGUUAUCAAAUUCAGAACCAUGCAGAGCUCCUUUUUAUCGACCAGCAUUCAGUAUUAUUCCGAAACGAAGAUGAAGAAAGUAUAGAUAGUCAUAAACCUUCGAAUAUAGGUAGCCGGAUAUCCGGUAAAGAUAAAGCAGAUGCUGCGUCUUCUCCGGAAUCUUUUGAAUCUGCACGUGAUGGGGUAGCAGAUUUAAGGGAAUUCGAAGAAUUUUCGGAAUUUUUCCCUCAUUUUGAGAAACAAAAAUUGUAUCACGCUGCACUCAAACAACACGAGGACAAAAGUAUUCAGUGCAGACGAUUGCAUACAGAAUUAGUAAAGUGUGGCUCAGAUAUAGAAUACUUAGCAAAGGUGCAUUGUUUGCGACAAGCAUAUACAAAAUUGUUCACUAUACCUUCGACUGCAGAAUGGAUUGCUGACAUAGGCAGACAAAUUAUUAGUGAUUUGAUCAUGUAUGCAGACAGGGAUCCUAAGGAUUAUUUAACACAUUAUGAACGAAUGUUAGAAUUUUUACAAGAGCCAAACAAUCAUAAAAUAAUGGAAGAGGAAUUAACUGCAAGAGGUGUAAAAUGUAUGAACUUCUAUGACGUUCUAAUCGAUUUUAUUUUGCUAGAUGCCUUUGAAGAAGUUGAAAAACCGCCCUCGUCAAUUAAAGCUAUUUUACAAAAUAGAUGGAUAUCUGCUAGUUUCCGUGAAACUGCAAUCGGAACUGCAGUUUGGUCAGUUCUUGUGGGUAAAAGACAAAUGUUGAAAUAUGACAAAGGAUUUCUGGCCCAUUUUUAUUCGAUUUCUGAACAAAUUUCUCCAGUACUGGUGUGGGGUUUUUUAGGCCCAGAAGGAAGUCUACGUUCUACCUGCCACUAUUUCAGAGAUCAAGUAAUAGAAUUCCUUGUAGAUAUAUUUAAUUUCUUUAAAGUAAGAUACACUACUAUCGAUAACCUUGCUGAAGAUAUACUCAGGGAAAUGAAAGGAAGAGUCGAAAAUAUAAAUCAAAGACUUUCUCUAGAAGGUUGUUAAUUAAAUACAAACAAAUAGGUAUUACAUAGCAGUGUCAGAUAUAUAUAUAAUUGAAUAGAUAUGUCAAUGGCUAAAGAUCUGAUAUACUUUGCAUAAUGCAUUUACGAUUUUUUUAAGUAACCUGAGUACUAAUCUUUACUCUUUCGUAAUUAUUAUAACUUGUCUGUCCAUGUUUAUUCACAUCAGUACAACUAUUAUAUAAGCACUAUGAAAGAUAUGAAAAAAAGAUGAUAAUUAUUUGGAAUAUUUUUUUUUAUUUUGGAAAGUUCCAAUUUCAAGAAAUGCAUCUUCAAGUAUUUAUUUCAUUUAGAAAAACAAAACAUGAAUAUAAAACGAAUAUAUUCCUUAUAUGACUUUAUUUCUUGUAAUAUAAAUUAUAUAAAUUAUGUGUAAAUAUUAAUCUCAAAAUAUUACAUUUUUAAUAUAAGAAUUUAGAACAAAAUGUUAAAUAUGAAAUUUUAUUUUAUUAUAAAAAUCAAAUUUAAUAUAUUGCUAUUAUUUCAAUGUUACAAAUUUGUUUAUAUUAGUUGUUGUUAAUGAUGUUUUAUAACUAUUUGUAGCAUUUAAAAAUAGCAUGAUAAAUGUUCCAAUUCCUAAUAUAUUCCAUAAAAAAUAAUAUAAUGACAUGAAGGCACUAAUAAUAUGCUCUUUAUAAUAAAUUAUUAAAAUAUACAGAAUCUUGAUAUCAAGACAUUUAACUAG